UAUGCCAUGGCGUUUUAUACAGCUGACUGAAAACGACACGUGCACUAUUGUGUGUGUUUUUUUCUUGUAACGAGAAAUCCAUGGCCAUUCCAAAGCAACUUCACCUAAUCUUAAGAUGGACAUUAGAAAACGUGGCGAGAUGGAAGAAGGUCGUACUAGCGAACAGCGAUCCCAGCGUCCAAACGCGCGGCCUGCCGCAGCCGGCGGCGUGGACAUGGGCGACGGCGGCGAGUCGCGGGCGCUGCGGCAGGUGGCCGUGGCCAGGAAGUGGCUAGAGAACCCCCGCGUGGGGUACGACGGCGGCGUCGCCGCCCACGCGGCUGGCGGCAGCCAGGAGCUCAGCUGCGUGGCGCUGGCCGGCGCGCGCGUCUCCGUCGCCGAGCCCGGUCGCGUCGUCUGCUCGCUCCGCGUGCGCGCCCCCGUCGCCGACGCGGAGGGGAGCUGGCACACCGGAGCGAUCGCGGCGGUGGUGGACUGCGUGUGCUCGGCGGUGGUGCACACGGUGGUGGGCGCGCCCACGGCCACCGUCCACUACAGCUUGUCCUACUUCUCGCCGGCCGAUCGCGACACGGAGGUGGAGGUGGAGGGGCGAGUGGUGAGCCGGAAGGGGAAGCUGACGGCUGCGACGGUUGAGGUGCGCAAGAAAGAGUCCGGCGAGCUGGUUGCCGUAGGGCGGCAGUGGGUGACCCCUACCUGGCCAACCAAGGCCAACAAAACCAGCAAGCUCUGAAGAAGAAGGAAAAAUGUUUGUGUAAUAAUUCGCUGGCAUACUUCUUAUCUUGGAAAUGUCGAUCUCGAGGAAGAAGAGAAGAAAUUGUCUUGGUAGCUAUUCCUAUUUCUGGUUCGCAUGAGCUCGGACUCGGUCGUUGGGGCCGGGAUCAGGGUGUGUCCACUGGAUGCGUGCGUGUUCACGCGUGAACCAGUGGUGCUGCCAGGGCAUUGUCCAGACUCUGGAUCUUGCAUUGCAUUGGGGAUGGCACGGCGCAGCCUGCGGAGGAACAUGGCGCGCGGCGUGCCGUGGACCGUUGGCCACAGGUUGCCGUUUGCCUAUUUAUGUUGCAAAAGAUAGGGUCAUGGAAAGGCAGUAGGUUGGCCGCGCCAAACAAAACUGUCUCGUCUUCUUUCUGUUAGCGUGCAUGUGCAGGUGAUCGCACCGCAACUCCGGCGGUGUUCGAACUGGUUUGGUACCCGGAGGAAGACUAGCUCUUCUUCUAACUUGGGAGAACAAGGAGGAGGAGAGGAGACCACACACAAUGGAUCCCUGACAUGGCGCCACCACUCACAUGACCAGCGCAUGUUUGGAGAAGGGCCAAACCUGUGGCUGUCAUGUGAUUGGUCGCGCCGGUGUCAAGCAUUUAUUAACCCAUUGUGUGUUGUUGUCUUUCUUUUUGUCUCUGAUCUAGCUCAUCAGGUAAAACUAUCUCUCAACUUGUGUGGUUGUCUUCUUCUUUAUCUCUGAGCUAGCGCACAAGGUAAGACUAUCUCAACUCGUGGAAUGCUAUGCAAGCUAGCGUAUAAGAAUUGGAGCAAGUGCAAGCAUGACUUAUAUAUGUGUCGCAUUGAGCAAUCGUGAUUGAUCACCAACAUCUAUAUCAACACUUUUUAAGCGG